GGGCCCGCAGAGCUGGGCGAUGGUUGUGAGCCAGCCCUCGGGGUGCUCGCCGUUCUAGGGGGUCGGGGGGGAGAGAUUGAAGAAUCCGGGAGGAAGGGUCUGGAGGGGGCAGCCCUGCAGACAUGGGGACACCUGAGGCUGCCUGGGAGGUGUAACCGGACCCUCCGAGCUGUGGGCACAGGGCAUCUGUGGUCCUGACCCCGGGCCUGUUCUUCCACCUCCCAGGGUGCGUCCCAGCGCCUGUACAUAAGGCCCUGCCGCCGGGCUCGGUCAGGCCUGAGGCAUGGCCUUCACCGACCUGCUGGACGCCCUGGGCGGCGUGGGCCGCUUCCAGCUUGUCUACACGGGCCUGCUGCUGCUGCCCUGCAGCCUGCUCGCCUGCCACAACUUCCUGCAGAACUUCACGGCCGCCGUGCCCCGCCACCACUGCCGCGGCCCCGCCGGGCCCCCUGCGGCCGCCGCCAACAGCUCGGAGGCCUGGCUGCGGGCCACCGUCCCCUGGGACCGGCUUGGGGCCCCCGAGCCCUGCCGGCGCUUCACGGAGCCUCAGUGGGCCCUCCUGAGCCCCAACGCCUCGGCCCCCGGGGCCGCCACCGAGAGCUGCCGGGACGGCUGGGUCUACGACCGCAGUGUCUUCCCCGCCACCAUCGUGACGGAGUGGGACCUGGUGUGUGAGGCCCGCAGCCUCCGCGACCUGGCUCAGUCCGUCUACAUGGCCGGGGUGCUGGUGGGCGCCGCCGUGUUCGGCAGCCUCGCGGACAGGCUGGGCCGCAAGGGCCCCCUGGUCUGGUCGUACCUGCAGCUGGCAGUGUCGGGGGCCGCCACCGCGUACUUCAGCUCCUUCAGUGCCUACUGCGUCUUCCGGUUCCUGAUGGGCAUGACCUUCUCUGGCAUCAUCCUCAACUCCCUCUCUCUGGUUGUGGAGUGGAUGCCCACCCGCGGCCGGACCGUGGCGGGCGUCCUGCUGGGCUUCUCCUUCACCCUGGGGCAGCUCAUCCUGGCCGGAGUGGCGUACCUGGCCCGGCCCUGGCGCUGGCUGCAGUUUGCCGUCUCUGUUCCUUUCCUCAUCUUUUCCCUCUAUUCCUGGUGGCUGCCAGAGUCAUCCCGAUGGCUCCUCCUCCACGGCAAGUCCCAGCGAGCUGUGCAGAACCUGCGGAAGGUGGCCGCCAUGAACGGGAGAAAGGCGGAAGGGGAGAGGCUGACCCAGGAGGUGGUGAGCUCCUACAUCCAGAGUGAGUUCACGAGCGUCCGCACUUCCACCUCCGUCCUGGACCUCUUCCGAACCCCGGCCAUCCGCAAGGUCACGUGCUGUCUCAUGGUGGUCUGGUUCUCCAACUCCAUGGCUUACUACGGCCUGGCCAUGGACCUGCAGAAGUUUGGGCUCAGCGUCUACCUGGUCCAGGUCCUGUUCGGGGUCAUAGACAUCCCGGCCAUGCUGGUGGCCACCACCACCAUGAUUUACGUGGGCCGCCGAGCCACAGUGGCCUCCUUCCUCAUCCUGGCUGGGCUCAUGGUGAUCGCCAACAUGUUUGUGCCAGAAGAUAUGCAGACCCUGCGCACGGCCCAGGCAGCGCUGGGCAAAGGCUGCCUGGCCAGCUCCUUCAUCUGCGUGUACUUGUUCACGGGAGAGCUGUACCCCACGGAGAUCAGGCAGAUGGGGAUGGGCUUCGUCUCGGUCAACGCCCGCCUCGGGGGGCUGGCGGCGCCCCUGGUCACCACGGUCGGGGAGUUCAGUGCCAUCCUGCCGCCUGUGGCCUUCGGGGCCACCUCGAUCCUGGCCGGACUGACCGUCUGCUUCCUGGCUGAGACCCGCAACACACCCCUGGUGGAGACCAUUGAGGUGAUGGAGAGGAGAGCCAAAGGCCUCUCCAGGAAGGAUGCAGAGGGGAGGAGCGAAGACAUUUCCCUCCAGCAGCUGGGAGCUUCUCCCCUCCUAGAAACCAUCUGAGGUGCCCAGGGCCCGGCACAUGCUGGCCGUACCUCAGCCAGUAUCCGGCUUCCUGGUGCUGACCGGGGUCGGGGUUGGCCAAGGACCAUGGUGGCUCCAUCAGCCCAUGUCAAAGAGCCACCCAAAGCCAGUGCUGGGGCUGCCGGCAGAAACCAGACCAGCAGCCAUUGGCAUCACAAAUGGAUAGAAAUUGAGGAGAAGCCAUGCCCAGGGACUGAAGGAGGGGCCGUUUUCCUUCCCACCUCCAACUCUGCCCCUUAAAACCUCUCUUCUCAUUCUUGUUCCACCUGAAAGCGCUGGGUCCUUGCAGGGUUAGGGUGACAUUUCGGCCCCUGGUUGUCCCUGAAACAGCCCCGCCCACUUGUCCUUGAAAACUCACUGUGCUCCAUUCUUGACACAUUACUCUCUCCUGCCUUGAGGAUUAAAGCUCUCUCCCCUGUGUGUGUGGCU